AUGUUCUAUAAAUUAUUUAUUUUCGUGGUAUGUAUUUUUACUACCAGUGGAUCAUCAGUACAAUAUGAUAAACAAACACAAAAUUUGAGAACAUUCCCAAGUGACUUCUUUUUCGGAACUGCGACUUCGGCUUAUCAAAUUGAGGGAGCCUGGAAUGAAGGAGGUAAAGGAUGGUCAAUGUGGGAUCACUUGGUAAGAACAGACCCUGAUCAUGUUAGUGACGGCACCAACGGGGAUGUUGCAGCCAACUCAUACCAUUUUUAUAAGAAGGACGUUGAAAUCCUCAAAGAAUUGGGUGUAUCCGUUUACAGAUUUUCGAUAGCAUGGCCUAGAAUAUUACCUUACGGCCGUGCAGAUUAUGUUAACCCUGAAGGAGUAGCAUAUUACAAUAACUUAAUAAACGAACUACUGGCAAAUGAUAUCACCCCAUUCGUGACAAUAUACCAUUGGGAUCUACCGCAGAACCUGAACGAGCAGGGUGGUUGGUUGACUGCGGAAAUAGCUGACUGGUUUGGAGAUUACUCCAGGGUUUUAUUUGAAAACUUUGGAGACAGGGUGAAGCAUUGGAUUACGAUUAACGAACCCUACAUCCAUUGUAGCUUCGGUUACGCAUCUGGGUCUCACGCGCCAAGAAUCAAGUCUCCAGGGGUUGGUUUCUACGAAUGUGGACGAAAUAUCAUUCUAGCAAAUGCGAAAGCUUGGCACAUUUAUGAUAAAGAGUUUAGAGCUACCCAAGGAGGUGUGAUAGGUAUAACAUUGGACUCCACAAUGGCUAUGCCGGGUUCUAAUUCUCCUGAUGAUAUUCAAGGUGCGGCUGAUUAUAUGAGUUUCUAUCUCGGACAAUACGCAGACCCAAUAUUUUCCGCGACAGGCAACUACCCACAAAGAGUGAUCGAUUUAGUCGCAGAAGCAAGCAGGCGACAAGGGCUAAAUGAAUCUCGAUUAGUACCAUUCACUCAGGAGGAGGCUAACAAUAAUAAGGGAACUUCAGACUUUUUCGGACUAAAUCAUUAUUCCAGUACCUAUGUGUAUAGGAAUUCUUCUGUAACUGGAAUAUAUGCGGUGCCUUCUUUAAAUGAUGAUCUCCAAGUAGGAACCUUCCCGGAUCCCAAUUGGUAUAAAAACCCGGCUGCUUGGGUAUAUAGAUACGGCCAAGGAUUACGCAAACUGUUAGGAUAUAUUAAGGACACAUACAACAACCCUACGGUCUAUAUUACGGAGAAUGGUUUCGGGACAGCAACUGAGCGAAAUGACACUGAUAGAGCUGAUUAUUAUAGAGAAUAUUUAAAUGGUGUACUCGACGCUAUUGAUGAUGGCGUUAAUGUCAAGGGUUACUGUGCCUGGAGUCUUAUUGAUAACUUCGAAUGGGCGGUGGGCUACAGCGUACGUUUUGGGCUUUAUGAAAUCGACCAGAAUGAUCCAGAGAAGACAAGGAAACCCAAAUACUCGGCACUUGUUUACAAAGAGAUCGUUCGCACAAGAAGUGUAGAUCCAUCAUACAACCCAGACCUUCCGACAGAUGCGUCAAUGAAUAUAAAAAGUUCAUUCCUAGUUGUAUUAGUUGUAGCAGUUUUGAAUAUUAUUUGGUAG